AACAAAAAACUUGGAGGAGUUAAAACCGAGGCAGCUGCAAGGAGGUGCAGCAGACGGAGUCAUUCCUUCAACAUGAAUCCUGCUCCGGUGCUGGUGGCGUUGUCUUUGCUGGCAACAGUGGCAGCUCAGUCUCAAGACCACUAUGACAUGGACUGGGUCAAUACUUACCGCCAGGGCUUCAACUUCCAGUGCCCCCACGGAGAGGCCCUUGUAGCCAUCAGGAGCUACUAUAAUGAGCAGGAAGGCAUGGACCGCUUGUGGUCGUUUGAGUGCCAGGCCACACCUGAAGGUCUCGGGGAGCCUACUGACUGCUGGUGGGAUGACAUCAGCCGUGCUGGGAUGGAGUGGACUUCAACAUGCACUCGCAACGGCGUGGUAGCUGGCGUGCAGAGCAAAUACUUUGAAUCCGUCCUUGACCGGGAAUGGCAGUUCUACUGCUGCUACUACAAACGCCGCUGUCCCUACUCCUGCAUGAAGACCUCCGACAUCCCUGAACACCACAGAGAAGAGGCAGAGAUGGUGAUCCCCAGUUACGGCUACUUCAUCCGUGGUGCCCAAACCACCUUCAGCGGAGUGCUAAGAGAUCGGCAGUGGAAGUACAUCCUGUGCAGAUGGACAGACUUUGAUUGUGAAUUUGAGAAUUUAUAGAUUGUAAGCAGCAUUUUUAUUUCCUACCCAUAAACAGUUUUAACUAAAAAUACAUAUUUACUCUCACAAGUAAACAAAAACAUAAUACUGUCAUUACACAUAAGUCAUGUGAUUCAUGUUUUCGUUCAUGUAUUUACUUUUGAUGAAUGGAUCCACCACAGGCAUGUCAUAUAUGCUGGUGUAAUCAUUGUUUUUUAGUCUAGCAUGGAAAAUGCUCAUUUAAAGGGAACUGUUCAAGUAAACACCAACGUGGAGGGGUCUACGGGGGGAUUUGGGCUCCGGCAGGCACAUUGGGCAGCUUAAGUGUUUUUCGUUAGGAGCUGGAAGUCCAGCAUGUGAAAAUUUCAAACUCAAUUAUUUGUGCACCAAGAUCACUCCGCUGAUAUCACGUGACCGUGAUGGCUCAAACAAAUUGACUAACACCUUUUUUAUGGUCAUAUGUGAGCUGCAGGGUGUGGCUUGUCGGGAUAUAUAUCGCCUUGGAGGUAACACUUGUGCUGGAAGUAAUGAAAAGCUCCUUCAGGAUCUCUGGCAACACGAGCUUUGCAUGCAAUGAAAAGUUCCCCACCUGCUUUCAAUUGACUUCAUAUCCCUCCUUUAUUAAAGUGUCUUGUUCAGUUUGGCAAUUACAGAUGUACUGUACUGCAACUCAUGUAACUGUACCAUGUGAAAAUGGGAUUAAAACCAUCCCCUCCAAAGCCCUUCUUCG